AUGAACAUCUUACUUCUUCUGGUUAGGCUUCAAACAAGGCCGAGCGUGCACGGUCUGCUUCUUGGAUGGUUACCUGAUUGGCCAAUGACAAGAACCACUAGACUCAAUGACUCGCCAACACCCACACUUAUUGGGACCGAUGAGUUCACGGCGCUCGGACCUGAGGUACAAUCCUUGUUAGCGAAAUGCGUACCAAAGCUCGACAUAGCAUUGACGGACAUUCACAGAGCCUGCUGGAACCGUCUCACCCGUCGCGUCCCAGCUGCUACCAAUUCUGUGGAGGAAGCCCGACUAUCACAUUUGUUGAUCACAUCAUGGGCAAAGGCAGUCAACCCACUUGUUGAUGGUCUUAUCGAGCUGCUGGGCUCCGACCCUGACCCCGAAUUGGUCAGGCGGCUUCUUGGGAUUGAUGUGGAGGAGGACAGCGACAGCGACGAUAGACUACCUCAUCACCUGAGCUCCGAUCAUAAUGAGGGAAGGAGCCCGUACCUCACACAUUACCAACUCCAAGGGAAGCCCUGGAUGGAUACUGUACAUGACGAAAUGAGUGCUGAGGCUGUCAUGACUCUCACAACACCUGAAAGUUAUUCUUGCCGGGCGGAAGAACGAUUCGAGUCUGAUGCACCGAGGUGCAACGUCGAAUGA